AUGAACGGCGACGACUCGGGCGACGAGAACUCGCUCAAGGGCUUCUACGCCUACAAAAACACCUUUGACGACGAUGCCAUCUGGAUGGACAUUCCCAAAAAUGUCACAUUCAUCAACACCACCAAUCCGUAUCUGGACCCUGGCACACCAGACUUUGACAACAUGUCAACCGCUUCCAUCGAAUCACCAGGUCCCUUUGAGGCUCGCUCCCUGGGCUCGUGGCGCACACACAGCACUUUCCCCUCAGUCACCAGCACACCCUCGAGCAUGGGUCCCGACUUAGCUCCUACCAGCGUUCCGUUUUGCUACACACCCGAGCUCGAAGCCCUGCCGCCUCUGAUGCAAUCCCCGCCAACAUCCAAUGUCGGCACGCCCAUGUCGCCGCCCAUGUCGGUAUGCAACCGACGCAUACAUCCCGUCAUGGAGUUCAACGCUGCCGCUGCAUCGCCACCCAUUGACCCCCGCCUCAACUCGCCAUACGACUCUACAGACUCGGCACCGAGGUCGGUUUCGAUAUCAAGCUCGAGACGCUCCGUGCCCCGUUCCGACGGCGGCAUGUCGCCUCAAGACGACCACGAAAUCGCCUUUUUGCUGCGCUACUUUUCCGAAGGCCCGGGCUACUGGAUGGACCUCUUCGACCUCGGCACCUACUUUGCCUCGUACGUGCCCGUCAAGGCCCGCGAGAACCCGCUGCUCAAGUUUGCAGCCGUGGCUUGUGCUGCCAAGGCUCUUGCACGUGUCCAGGGUCGCAAGCCCGCCAUGGGCGGAGCCAGUCUCACCCACCAAGUCUGGCUGGACCAUUACCCCGACGCCCAGCUAGUCGAUUGGAAACACAAAGCCGCCGUCUACUACGACACGGCCGUUUCGCUUUUGCUGCACACGCUCAAGAUGGAUGUUGCCUCUUCGCCCGACGAAUCAGAGUGCGAGCUCAGACACCCCGCCUCGGCCUUUAAUGCGCCCGCACCCAAACGACGGCGGACGUCUAGCAACACGUCAUUUGCAUCCAACACGGACGAGCUGCUGGCGGCGUCGGCCAUUCUUUGUGUCUAUGAAUUUCUCGACACUUCCAUUUCCGAGUGGGCGAAGCACCUGAAUGGUGCCAAGUCGCUCCUGGCCCUGUCCCAGGAUCACAUGAUGCCACUACAGCUUCCCACGCCAACGUCGACAACGCCGUCGUCCAACUUCAGCCUCAGCUCCAAGGCCCGAAGAGCCACGUUCUGGAACAUUGCUAGGCAGGAUAUGCUCGCAGCCUUCAUCAACAAGACCAACACGAGACUUGAUACUGAAGAUCUCUCCCUAUGGAGAGAUGCGGGCCUUCUGCUCGACGAGCAAGGCUUCAUUAUGCCGAGCAGCAGCACGGCGAGCUAUUAUUCCGAGGACGGCGAGGUGGUGAUGAGGGAAGACCUUAUUUGCAACGCGCUCGUAUGGCUCAUGUCCAAAUUGGUCAACUUCAUGGCCGCUGGCGACGAAAUGCCCAGCCAAGCUGGUAUUACGUGGGCGGGCGUACCGCAGCGUGCAUUGCUCGACUACUGGUUUAGUCUACGCAAGCAAUUCCAGGUCUGGCAUGACGGCCUUCCACCCACAUUCCAGCCCUCGGCCAGGGUGCCGCACACGCAUACGCCCGGUCAAUCUCCGACAAACGAGAACGCAGCAAUGUUCACCGAAGUCUGGUACUCGAUCCCCAUGUGCGCUUCGACCAUGCAGACGUACCACAUGUCGCAGAUCCUCUUGUUCAUGAACAAACCCCACGAGUCAACCCAGGGCCGUAGCACCUUGGUUGCCCGCAUGAACUCGUACCAAUCGGUGCUUGCCACUUGCCAGAAGCACAGCCGUGAAAUCGUCGGUAUUUCACUCGCUCGGUCUGACGAGGCGGUUCGGAUUCAUUCCGUACAACCCCUGUUCACCGCUGGUCAGUGCCUGAGCGAUCCACGAGAACGCCAAGUCGUCUUAGACCUUCUGAGGGACAUUGAGUCUGACAUCGGCUGGGCUACGGAUUAUCGCGUGCGGCAAUUAUUCGAGCAGUGGCAGGAAGAAGAACCGGAGGGCCUGACUGCCUUGCUGUUCAAACGGCCAGCGACCGGAAAUGGGUAA